AUGAGCGAAAGAAAGAGCAAAACUCUGAAGCAGCUGCAGGCAAGAAUAGCUGCAGAGUCCCCCCUCUACACGGCCCUGUUCAACAAAGUCUCGAUCCAGCCGCAGCUGCAGCUGUGCGACAUAACCGGCCUCCCUGCAAAGUACGUUUGUCCGCGAACAGGCCUCCGAUACAGCUCCUGCAAAGUCUAUGCCCGCCUCCGAGAAGUCACAACAGAAGUCGCACAGUCCAUGGGCAGUCUCCGGCAAGUGGGAAAAGAGCUAAGCAUGCUCACAAAGAAGUAA